AUGAAAUGCGAUGCAUGUAGUGCUAUAUUUUGUAAUGAUCAUAUAAAAUAUGAUGAACAUCAAUGUCCAUCAUCUCAUCGUAAAAAUAUUCAAAUACCUAUUUGUCCAUUAUGUAAUCAAGCUGUGUCAUAUGAAUAUCGUGAUCAAUCGCGUGAUCAUGCUGUAUCAGCUCAUAUAGAUCGUGAUUGUAAAUCGAAAAAACGUGAGAAGGUUUACUCAAAUAAAUGUUCAAUUCCAUCAUGUAAACAACGUGAAGUUAUUCAAGUGAAAUGUGACAUAUGUUUAAAAACAUAUUGUCUACGACAUCGUUUUCCUGAUGAUCAUCAAUGUCAACAAAUGAAAAAUACACCAGUUACUACUUCGAAACCAUUACCAACGAAAGUAUCUUCAAAUCAAAGAACUCAAGAAGAAGAUGAUUAUCUAUUAGCUAAAGCUUUACAAGAAAGUGAACGAGAAGAAUCUCAACGAAACCGCACACAUCAAACGACGACAACAGCAACAAAUAACAGUGCUUCAUCGGCUGAUAAAAAAACAUGUUCUAUUCAAUAA